AGGUCAUUAUGAGAUCAUUAAUGUCACAGUUACAGGUCAUUAUGAGAUCAUUAAUGUCACAGUUACAGGUCAUUAUGAGAUCAUUAAUGUCACAGUAACAGGUCAUUAUGAGAUCAUUAAUGUCACAGUUACAGGUCAUUAUGAGAUCAUUAAUGUCACAGUUACAGGUCAUUAUGAGAUCAUUAAUGUCACAGUAACAGGUCAUUAUGAGAUCAUUAAUGUCACAGUUACAGGUCAUUAUGAGAUCAUUAAUGUCACAGUAACAGGUCAUUAUGAGAUCAUUAAUGUCACAGUUACAGGUCAUUAUGAGAUCAUUAAUGUCACAGUUACAGGUCAUUAAUGUAGAGGUUACUAGUAAGUCUUUAAGAUGAAGAGGUUGAUGUCAGAUAUGACUACACUGUACAAUGUAAAUGUAAACCACAUAUUUUAAGUCAAAGAUACACCCCCUACAUAAGUAUGGAAAUAAAAAGUCUCCACUGGAUCACAUGUUAAAACCUGUCCAUGUGUUAAUCUCCUUAGUGGGUUGUUCAGUCAUCAUGAUAAACCAUGGCAUCUCAUUUCUUAUGAGUAUGGAGAAACAAAAAGAUUCUGCGAGUAUCAGAAUGUUUGUCAGUUAUGAUGUUCAUAAUUCAUAGAUGUGAACAAAUAUGUUGAAAUCAGCGAACAUAAAUAACCAUGAGCAAGUGAUCAGAAAGUUCUAGUUCUAGUUUCCAAACUUUUGGAGGGGAGUGUAUAUUCAACAAAAACGCUACACACUAGUUCAACAUAAGGGAAACCAAGGUUGCUUCAUGCUUUUGUUUGAGGCAACAUCUCUAGUUUUGCAUUUAGUUCUACAUUGAGGAUAUUUCAGUUAGUGGGUAGGUUGGAAAAUGUUUUAUUGACUUGAAAAUAUGAUAGAAUUUUUAGGGGGUCAUACAUAGAUUAGGAUAUCU